ACUGGAUCCGAGGAUUCACUGGACCUGGACUCACUGGAUCCGAGGACUCACAGGAGCUGGACUCACUGGAUCUGAGGACUUCUGGACCUGGACUCACUAGACAACCUGCUGCUGUCGACCAAUCAGAGCGAAGGCCUGCAGACACACACACACACCGCUCCUGUUGGGUCAGACUCAGUGUGUGAAGGAGUGUGUGUGAGCAGGAUGCACAGGUCCUACCAGCCGCUGAAGCCCGUCACCAACCGCUACCUGCAGCAGCGAUGGGACCAGAGCGACUACGAUAACCACCGCAGCAAGGUGAGCUCCGCCUUGCCGGCGGUGGACACCAGGGGCUCGAGGACUCCGGCUCACAUCCAGCUCAAACUGAAGAAACUGCAGCUGCAGGACGAGCGGCUGUCGACCAUCGACAGAGACAAUCGCCUCCUCGCCUCCAGACUGGCCCACAUCGUCUGCUCCAAAGGCCUCGUGGACCAUCGCAACCAGUAUCACCUGAGGAGUCUGAAUGCUGACAAGAGGAGGGAGGAGCUUCUGCUGGUCGGCCAUCAGAACCAGGCCAUCUACCAGCGGAUCAUGUCCCGCCAGUCGGAGUACCGCCACCAGCUGUGGUUGGACGACUGGGAGCGGGCGGAGCGCCGGCGGGACGACAUCUCCCAGUAUCCUCGAGGGCUCGUGGACAAACAGAGGUCAAACCGGAAGGUCAAGUUCGCAGCUGUGCGGGGCGGCAAGCGAUCAGCCGACGGCGAGGACGGAGGAGGAGGAGCCUGAAACACACGUGCAUUGUGGGUUGUUCGUGUCGUUUUGUGUCUCGUUCCUGAUGAUGGACGUUUAAUUUCUGUCCAAUAAAUACUCAAAUCUCA